AUGGCCGCUUGCAUAUCACCUCCACAACAUACCCGUCAUCAAAUCCAUCGACGAUCGUUACCUGUACAGCUAUCACCGGCAUCAUCACCUUACCAGGCUUUACCACCCGCACAAACUCCAUUGGCAUACGAGUUGCAACGUUAUCAUGACAAGCGGCUUUCAUGGUGUACGACAACCAGCAAUAGUAGUUGUAACACAGGGCGGCGGAUGAGCAGCAGGUUGACGGAGAUAGCCGAAGUCCCGUUAGAACAAGAACUAGUCAAAAUGCAUCAAAACACCUUGCUUGUAUUGGGAGAAAUCAAGCAGUUGGCUGAUCAGCUUAUUGAUGCUGAAGCACGUGCUGAGUCAUGGCAACGUAAAUGCCGUGAGGCUGAGGAGCAACUUGAAGCCAUCCAAGUUGAGAAACAACAACGUGUGCAGGACACACAGAGCACGAUAUCCGCUACAUCCACCUUGAAACCCAAAUACAAAAAGAAAAAGAAAGCAUCUCACAACUUUACAAGUCUACCAAGUAGCAUUAUUCGUUUUCUACGUCUGAAGAAAUAA